AUGACCCUUCAUGAAAGGGGAGGACUCGAUUUGUCGGGCGGUGGGCCAGUCAUGGCAAGCAUGGUGGCGCCGCGCAGCCCGUGGGCAAACCAACUUCUGCAAGAGCACCAUGCAGCCGCGGCUGGGAUCGUCACAGACUUGGAGAAGCAGCUUCAGGCUGAGGGGGAGCAACUCGACACAAGACCGAUUUGGCCGCCCGAGUCAGCCAAUCAUGGUGGCGGCACGUGCAGAGCAGAGGGGCGCAACAUCACUGCAGGGGAGGCAUCAGUGACUUUUGAGUCGACUCAAAAGUCAACAAGACUGCUCGAGAAGCCUGCGUCAGCCAAUCAUGAUGGCGGCACGUGCAGAGCAGAGGGGCGGAGCACCGCAUGGGGGGCAUCAGUUGGAGCAAAGUCUGACCCAACAACGUCGGUGUUUUCGCGCAACACUCGGGAUGUUAGUGCGUCCGUCAUCCCUGACCUGAACUCGCUAGCUGUUGGUGGAGCUGGUGAUGCUGGUGGUGAUGGUGGUGAUGAUGGUGGUGAUGAUGGUGGUGAUACUAGUGGUGAUGGUGGUGAUGUUGGUGGUGAUGGUGGUGAUGCUGGUGGUAAUGGUGGUGAUGAUGAUGGUGAUGUUGGUGGUGAUGCUAGUGAUGAUGCUAGUGGUGAUUCUAGUGGUGCUGAUGCUGGUGGUGGUGAUGCUAGUGGUGAUGGUGGUGAUGCUGGCCUGCUGCAUCGACUCACCACUCUCUCUUCCGACCUGCAUGCUCUGCACUUUAGUAAGCUCUGCCCGGUGCUCUCGUAG